CUAUGAUUAUAAUAAAGAACAUCCCAACAUUAUUAAUCUCAAAGGGUUCAUUGUGGGAAAUGCUGUGACUGAUAACUACUAUGAUAGCAUUGGAACUGUGACAUAUUGGUGGAGCCAUUCAAUGAUAUCAGAUCAUUCAUACAAAUCUAUCAUCAAACAUUGUGAUUUCAAAGCACAGAACACUUCUCAAGAAUGUAAUGAUGCUGUGAACUAUGCAGUCAACAAUGAAUUUGGAAACAUUGAUCAAUACAGUAUCUAUACUCCUACAUGCCCAGCAUCACAAAACAGCAAUCUUAGGCGCAUAAGGCUAAAGACUACAAUGUUUCAUAUGAUUUCUGGCUAUGAUCCUUGUACUGAAAAUUAUGCAGAGAAAUAUUAUAAUCUUCCUCAAGUGCAGAAAGCAAUGCAUGCAAAUGUUACCAACAUUCCUUACAAAUGGACUGCUUGCAGUGAUGUGCUCCUGAAAAAUUGGAAGGAUUCUGAAUUUUCUAUAUUGCCCAUAUACAAAGAGUUAAUUGCAGCUGGAUUGAGAAUAUGGGUUUUCAGCGGGGACACAGAUUCAGUGGUUCCAGUUACAGCCACAAGGUUUUCACUCAACCAUCUCAACCUCACCAUUAAAACUCCUUGGUAUCCAUGGUACUCAUCAGGUGCACAGGUAGGUGGAUGGACAGAGGUAUAUGAUGGACUGACAUUUGCAACAGUGAGAGGAGCUGGACAUGAAGUACCUCUGUUUCAGCCAGAGAGAGCUCACAUUCUUUUCAAGUCAUUUUUGGCAGGGAAGAAGCUACCAAAGUCUUGACAUGUAUUACAGUGUUUAACUUAGCUGCACCUCAAUGCAUUCUUUAGCUAAUUCUUAAGGCUAAGGCUUGUUGGAGGAAGAAAACUCUUCUUCCUUUAACCAAUCAGAUAUCAAUAUUUUUUUCCAUCUCAUUUGCUUAAACAGAUAAUAUACACCUACUCAUUAAAUUGUAACAUUUCAUACAUUUAUCACAUUUUAGUUAUUUUAAUGCAAUUCAGAUUUACUUGGUGGCCA